CCAGUCGACCCGUUGCCCUCGCGACGGACGGUAGUGUUCUGUGCGUAGGGGGGCUGUGCGCGCCGUUCCAGCAACCAUGGCUCGUCGCAUCGACGAAGAUGCGGUCCUUGCGGUGUUAUUAAAUGAUGACAGUGAGGAGGAAAAUUUGUCAGAGAGUGAGCCCGAAGACCACCUUGAGGCUGAUCCCGCGUAUGAAACGGAGGGUGAAGAUGAAGUUUUUACUGUAAAUGACGAGCAACUUCCGGAUGAAGAUUAUGAGGCAAGUGAUACAUCUCCACCAUGUUCUACUGAUGACGCGACACCUAGCACUUCAGCAGACCGUAGCGACUUGAUUAUAAGACCAUCGCGUACUAUUCUUCGUGGGAAAGAUAAACACAAAUGGUCGUCACAACAGUCAAGGUCACUAAGCAGAACAGCUUCAAGGAACAUAGUUCAUAUAAGACCUGGACCUGUACGCUCUUAUAAAAAUCUUUUAGAGCCUCUGGGAUGCUUUUCAUGUUUCAUUACUGAUAAUAUGAUUGAUUUAAUUGUCACCCACACCAAUGCCGAGAUAGCAAUAAAAUCUCAUAAAUAUAAAACAUUAAAAUCUACACAGAGACCAACCGAUCCUAAUGAAAUUAGAGCUCCCAUUGGCAUUCUCACAUUAUCUGCAGCAAUGAAAGAUAAUCAUUUAUUAUACUUAUAUGACUAAGAGUAGGUGCACUAAGUGCAAUAAAUCGUUGUGUGGGGAACACAAACUUGAUGUGUGUCACAAAUGUUUUAGUUCCUAAGCUAUUGUCAAAAUUUUGUUUUUAAUUGAUU